UCACUUCUUCAACAUCACAUGCUCUUUUUAGCAGCUAUCCCCAAAACACCCCCAUCUUCCUUCGUCAAACUCAAACCCCCAAAUUUCUUCCACCCUACCCUCCCUCGUAAUUUCCCUCUCAUUUUUUCGAUCCCAUCCCUUAAACCGCCCCCACUCUCCUCUAAAAAUCUUUUCUUUCCGUCCGCCGUAAACCUUCCCACCGCCUCCACUCCUAUUCCUUCCAGUUAGGGUUUCCACAUUCAUUUCUUCCUGCUUUUCGUUAAUCGACGUUAUUGGAAGAUUCGAUGUUAGGGUUUUUGUAUUCAAUGUUGAUUUGAGAGAUUGGUGUUUCAUUUUUGUUUUCAUUUUCUGGUUAGGGUUUUUUUGAGGUGUUGUAAUUUGGGUGCCGGUGAUGCCGCGAAGUUCAAGGCAUAAAUCCAGUAAGCACAGUUCUAGGGAUUACUCGGAUUCGGAGAAAGAUUCGGGCUUAAAGGAGAAGGAAAAGAAGAGUAAGGAGGAGAGUAGUGUUAGGUCUUCAAAGGAGCUUGGAUCCGGUGACAAGAGAAAGCUUGACGCUAAGGAUACCAGCAAGGAAAUAUGGAUUUCGGGGAAUGGAGAUUAUAUUGAGGAGUACAGUUCCUCGAAGCGGCGCAAAGAAAAGGCAGAUGAUGGAGUAAACGAUAGGUGGAAUGGUGGUGAAGAUGAUGAUGGUAAAGGAGAGAAGAAGUCUAAGGCUUCAAGUGAAUCGAAGAGUAAGAGACGAGAGGAUAUUGAAGGGGAUGAUACAAAGAGGAGUAAGAGUGAAGGGAAGCAUCGAGAAUCAAGUAGAAAAGAGGAAAGGGAGAGAGAAAGGAAAGGUAAAGAAGGCAAGAGUGAUAGGUUCAUUGAGAAUGAAGAACACCGCUCUGUGAAACAAUCCACCGAAAGAACUGAUUUUGAUGUACCAGAUCGGUUGCAAAGUCCUGAAUCAGAGAGCCAGCUUGAGAGACGACUUAGGAAAAAGAGAGAUGCUUCUGGUGAUGUGGAUAAGCAUCUGGAAGAUAAUGGAGACAUUUUGGACAGGCGGUUGUCUGCAAGCAAUGAUACUAGCAAAGAUGUAAGAGCAAGAGAUGAGAAGCAUAAGGAUGAAAGAUACAAAGACAAGUAUCGGGAAGACAUUAACUGUGAAGAUAAGUGCCAAGAUGACCAAGUGGCAAGCGAUCAUGCUAAUAGUAAGUCUAGUGAGAAGCAUUUAAGGGAUGGAAAAGAUGACGGUAAAAUUCGGCAGAAGAAGUCCAAGGUUCAAGAUAGUGACUUUGAGCGUGAUCGUGACCAUGAUAGAGAGCGUGAUCGUGAUAGAGACCGUGAGCGCUAUAGGGAGCGGGAGCGUGAUCGAGAGCGGGAUAUUGGACGCGACCGAGAGCGAGAACGUUAUCGUGAUCUUGAUCGUGACCAUUAUCGGGAACGUGACCGCAAUCGUGAUCAUGACAAUGAUCGUGAUUAUGAUUCUCAAUGGGAUCGAGAUCGAGAACGUGAUCUCCGUUACAGUUAUCGGGACAAGGAUAGAGAUCGUGAGCGUGAUGAGUUACAUGAUGAGCGGAGGAGUGCUAGAAACAAAGAUAGUAAGGGAAGGAAGCGAUCUCCUGAUGAUCGGGAUGACGGUAAUGAUACUAAAUCUAGAGGUGCCAAACUACAGUAUUCUGACAUGGAAAAUAAAUCAGCUUCUGGUAGACUCGAGGUAGAUGCUGAUAGGGGAAGGUGUCAGUCACGCCCAACCAAUUUAGAUGCUGCUAUGGGCAGCAACAGGAGGAGGGCUUCUCCCAGCUCAAGUUCUCAUGGUGGGACUGAUGAGUAUAGACAUUUGAAGCAAGAAGAUUCGAAUUAUAGAGAUCCAAUGACAGAGCAGCGGUCCAAAGCAGCUUUGUCAAGAGAGGUGACUAGUUUUUCUGAAACCUCUGAGAGGGGUGCUAAGUACAGAUCCAUGGAGAAAUCAAGUAGGGCGGAUGAGGACCAUUCUGGGGAGUUACCAAUUGAGAGGUCCUCAAGUUUAAAAGCUUCCCCAAUGAGUAUGAUGGAAAAAUCUCCUUCAACAAGUCUUGAGCGUAGAUAUACGGGUAGAAGUGUUAGGCGGGGUCUUGACACAGAGGAGACGGGGUGGAGCAGUGCCUCUGCUGGUGGCAGAGAAGAGGAUAAUAGACUUAGUCGAGACUUGCCUCCUGAGAAGCCUCUUUUGGAUGGAUCCUCUCAAGCAGAUUCUGUGUUUUAUAAUAGAGCUGGUCAGGGCAACUCAUCUUUGAUUUCACAACCUCCUGGUUUAAGGGCUGGAAUUGGCAGCCCUUCUUUCAUGGGUUCUCUAGAAGAAGAUAAUAGAUUCAAUAACAGUGGUCGCUACAAGAGGAGUGGUGAUCUGAAUGUUAGAAGAGGGCACGCAAAUGCUUGGAGGGUCGCCCCAAACUGGCCAGCACCUGUUCCAAAUAGUUUCAUCCCUUUCCAACCUGGGCCACCCCAUGGUGCUUUUCAAGCUAUGAUGCCACAGUUUCCUUCUCCAUCUCUGUUUGGUGGUAGACCCUCAAUGGAAAUUAAUCACUCUGGGAUUCCAUAUCAUAUACCUGAUGCUGAAAGGUUUAACAAUCAUUUACGGCCAAUGGGCUGGCAGAAUACGAUGGAUGGCUCCGGUCCAGCCCAUUUUCAUGGUUGGGAUGGUCACAAUAUUAUUUUUAGGGAUGAAGCGCACAUGUUCGGGGGUCCCGAAUGGGACCAGAAUAGGCAUCCAGUGAAUGGUCGGGGAUGGGAUCCCAGUUCAGAUGUGUGGAAAGGACAAAAUGGUGACGUUGACUUGCCCUCAACAUCUCAGAGGGAGGAGAAUCCUCUGCAGGCCUCUCCUGAGGAUGUUUAUGAUGGACAGGAACGUCGGAGGUAUCAAUAUGAAAAUGGCAAUAAUGGUCUUCAGGUGAAAGGUCUUGAAACAAGAUCUGAUGACAUGUCACCAGUUAAAGAAUCUUCUAGACUUUCACCCAUGGUUCCACACAAGGCACCUGAUUCUUCCAAAGUAUCAAGUCAAGAUGGUGAUGCUCACUAUUGUCUGCUUUAUCUUUCUAAGCUUGACAUUUCAGCAGAACUAGCUGGUUCUGAUUUAUAUGGUCAGUGUAUGGGUUUACUGAAUGUGGAGCAAAGUAAAGAUUUGGCUAAAGAUGUAACAAUGCUUGUCAAUUCAAAGAAUGAUGCACGACCUGUGCAAAAUGCUUCCUUUGCUGUGCUGAGCCCUUCACUGAUUCCAGCAACUAAUGCUUCUGUUUUUCAGAAAGCCAUGGACCUCUACAAGAAACAGAGGCUACAAAUGGGUGCUAUAUUAGAUGUCAAAGGUGGAAUAUUGGCAUUUGCUUCAGCGUCCAAGGAAAAGGGAAAGGAGCAAAGUCCUGAUCAUGUUGUAGACGAAGUAGAGGAGGCAGUUUUGAUUUCUGAUGCAGAAAUGGUGGAUUCAGCAAUGCUAGAUUCAGAUCAGCCGGAAGAAGCUGUUCCAUCUGUUACAUCUGACGAGAAUACGGAACAGCUAGUUUCAAUCCAAAGAAGGGAGAUACCUGAUCAUCUGGAUAGCCUUUCUCCAGAGAAAUCAGAACUGCCAAAUGCUGGUUUUUGUGACAUAAACCCGAAGGUGCCUGAACCAGCUUUGGAUGGCAAUAAGGCGGAAGAGACAGACACCGAGACUGAACAGAUGAAUUCAGAGGAUGUAGUUGAAGGUUCUUUGCGGUCUCUUGAUAAUACAGCAGAGGCCAUUGGUUUGGCUGCGGAUGAUGAAAAUUCAAAUGAUAUAAACAAAACUGAAGGUAAUAGUUCUGUGUACUGUGCUGAGGAAAGACAUGCUUUUGGCGAUGCAAUUAGUGGUUCCAUAAAUGAUUUUCCUAAGGAAUCAGGGGCUUUGAUUCCUGAGUCAAAUGAGUCUGGGUCUGAGUCCGUAAUUUUAAGUCGGAUACAUCAUUCUCCUGAAAAUACACAUUGAGACAAUUUCUAUAUCCAUGUUCUUUUUAUAAUGCGCAUUUUUAUUUUUGCUCUCCCUGUUUUUGUUGCCUAUGGUUAUGAAACAAAUAAAAUGAGAUAUAUGCCAUCUGGUUUCCUGGAUUAGGCAUAUCCUUGCAUCUUCA